AGCGAGCUGCCGAGUUUCAAGACCACAUUGAGAUUAUAUCCCCCGCAUUCCUUGGUCACAAUCCAAGCGGCUAAGCACCCCACCCAUUCCCUAUUGUAUUCUGAUAUUUCACUUUGCUAUGCUAUAGUGAUCAUUAAAUCACUGAAGUAUGGUGAAUUUCAUGUAUAUAAAGAGUUGGAACUUUAA